AUGGCACCAAAAACCCGAGCGCUCGUUACGCCAGACCGCAUGGCUUGCAACGGCGCCGACCAAGCUCUCUUGGUUUCUCGAACGUCAUUGUACACUACCGUGCAAUUGGAUACGCUUCAGCUGCGGGAUGACCUGUUCUGGAUGUCUGGGGAAAUAUUAUCUGAGCAUGAUUACGUUUAUAUGCAAGGCGGUUACAUUUUAGUUUCAGUCGGUGCCUUCGUUUCAGACUCGGCACCCUACAUAUCAUCUGCCUCUGCACUAUCAGACUUUUGUUUCAUGCACGGCACAGCUGCCGUAACAUCUGGUCCGACAACGCAAAAAGCUUAUCAAUAUGACGAACAUCUGACAAUUAGUGGUGCAGAUAGUUGCAUAUAUGCUUUGCUCGUUGCCGAGUCGUCAUGGGCUAAUUGGUGCUCUGUGGCCUGUGAGCUUGAGGUGUCAAGGGUAACACGGGCUUCAACAUCAGCCAAAACCGUCAUGACAGUAUCCAUGUACGCUGUCAAGAGGCUUCCGGGUCGACCUGGCAUCAAUCCUUCAAAAGAGGGCCUUAUCGUUGAAGCCGCUUAA